AUGGCUGGAGAUACUGUAAACAAAGACACUUUAGAUACUUCAAGUCCCCUAUACAUGCAUCCGUCGGAGAGUGCAGGUUCUAUGUUAGUUCGUAUACCGUUUGAUGGCACAGAAUAUAGAUCAUGGAAGAGAGGUGUACUUAGAUCCCUCUCAGUGAAGAAUAAGGUUGGUUUCAUAACAGGGAAGUGUCAGAAACUAGUAAUUGGAUAUGUAACUUUUGAUCAGUGGGAACGAUGUGAUGAUAUGGUGACUUCGUGGAUUCUGAAUUCUCUUUCAAAAGACCUAGCGGACAAUUUACAAUAUGUAAAUGAUGCAAAGGAGUUGUGGCAGGAAUUAGAAGAUAGGUAUGAUCAAACAAAUGGUGCAAAACUCUAUCAACUCCAGAAAAAAAUCAAUGAUCUAAGUCAAGGAACUCUGGAUAUAACAGGCUAUUACACUAAGAUAAAGAAACUAUGGGAAGAAUUAAACGCAUUAAAUGCACAUGCACAGUGCAGUUGCCAAUGCAUCUAUGGUGCUAAGGCUAGUAUACAGAAAACUGAGCAAGACAAAAGACUGGUACAGUUUUUGACGGGGUUAAAUGAGGUGUAUACUGUUGUAAGAGGGAGUGGGAACAACAGUCAUGGAAGAGGUUAUAUGGGAAAUAGACCUAGGCCAUUCUGUGAUUUCUGCAAGAGACCAGGACACAUCAAGGACAAGUGUUACAAAAUCCAUGGUUAUCCCCAAAACAUGAAGUACAACAAUGGUAAUAGGGGAAGAAAAAUGGCAGCAAAUGUAUUUGACACAGCUGGCAAUGGGGCAGCCUUGACAGAUGAAGGGGGAAAUUCUCAGGAGCAAGGUAGAACCAUCCAGCAACUAACCAAUGAACAAUAUGGACAACUGCUGAGCAUAUUGGAAAGCUUCAAAAGUGGAAAUAAUGGAGACAACUCAGGAAACAUCAACAUGACUGGUGGUGCUCUUAACUUUGCAGGUAUGACUGCUUGUAACACUUCUGUUGAUCCCAGUGCACAGUCUUAUGAAAGUUUUAAAGAGAAUGCUGAUUCAUGGAUCCUUGACUCAGGAGCCACUAACUAUAUGACAUAUAACAAAGCCUCUUUGAGUAACAUCAAAACUCUGGGCCUUUCACUGAGGAGGCCUCUGGAGAUUGGUAAAGUCAGAGACAGCCUCUACCUUUACUAUUCAAAUUCAAGAAAGAACAAUUCUUCUAUCAUACCACUCACACACAGAUCUGCACCUAGUGCAUCCAUCUCAGGUAGUCAUAGUAUCAAUAAUGUACACGGUCAGCACCAUCUUUGUAAUUCUGCACCUAGUGAAUCCAUUCCUCCUCAUGUUUGUGAUAACAAAAGUGUACAAGUUCCUUUGAAUUCCAAUAGAACUUCUUCUAACAAAAUAGAUUCAAUGUGCAGCACAUGUAGACCUGGUGACAAUCAUGUGGAUCUCUUGUGGCAUAACAGGCUAGGCCAUGUACCUUUUAUCAAGAUGAAGGGUAUCAAUUCCAUACCUAUAGCCUUUGCAAGCAAACAACCUUUUAUGAGUUCUAUCUGUCCUAUGGCCAGGCAUAAUAGAUCUCCAUUCCCAGAAAGAACCACUUCCACCACCAAAGUAUUUGAACUCCUCCAUAUGGAUAUGUGGGGCCCUUAUCAUGCACCAACUCAUGACAAUCACAGAUAUUUUAUCACCCUAGUUGAUGACUAUAGCAGAUGUACUUGGACACAUCUCUUGACUAGUAAAAGCAAUGCCCUACAUGUCAUAAAAGCUUUCUACGCAAUGGCCCAAAACCAUUUCAAUACCUCAAUAAAGACUAUCAGCAUUGACAAUGGUCUGGAGUUUGUGAACACUGAAACAACCAUGUUUUUCCAAGCCAAAGGGAUCUUACAGUAG